GUACACUACUUUGCAGCAAGAGCUUAUUUUUAUGUGAAUAACAAUAAUAAUCUUGUAAAAUCUCAUCAAUAUAUUAACGCAGGUAGAAAUUUAUAGAUACUAAAUUUGAUUUACAACAAUAGCAUUCUGCAGGAUCUUAGUUGCUUCAAAUAAAUCAAUGAAGGAAGCAGCUGAGAAACACUACCAUGUCGUUCACUUCACAUCGGCAUUGCCAUAUGCGUCUUGCAACCGGUUUCAUUUCAUCCCACGAACCUGGAUUAAGGACUACUACGAGUGGAUGUCAGCGAAUGAGGCCAUCGCUGUUAUAUAUUAUCCGGAUCAGCCCGUCAAGAAUAUGUGGAUAUUGAAGAAGCUGAAAAAGCAUCAGGCUUCGUGGAAGGAGUUUAUUGUUGAUGUUGUGUAUUCUUCAGAUGAUUUUGAAGCAGCGAAAAAAAAAUUAAAGUGGGCGCGAAAAGGAAAUUACCAACCAAAGCAAAUUCCUGAUAGUAUCUCCGAACUAAUGAACAUGGGAAAACUUGUCGCUUCACCAUCUUCCGACUCAUCUUCACACGAAAGAACUUCAUCAAAACUGAUCCUCAAACUGCCAAAUCAGCCAAGAAAAGAAUUUAAACCGCCCAUGAAGAACAUCGAUCCAGUCACAAAACAACGUCUAAUCAAAGAAAUUAUCACGAAAACCGCAAAAGUUCUUAUAAAUCGAGUUGAUGUAGAUCAAAUACCAACGAGAACGGAAAGUGAUAUGUCUGUAGAUGAUAGUGAUAUUUUGGAAAAACUUGACUUGUUGGAAGUAAUAUUUGAGGACGCAAAAAAGAGUUUGUUUAAAAUGAAAGGAGAACUUGAUGAGCAGGCGAAAUUGGCGAGGAUUAUUUCGGAAUAUCUAAAAACAAUAGAACAGUAAUGUAAAUAUUACGUUUUGACCAACAGUGAUGUGCCUAUUACUUCAAUAAAUUCUUAUACAUGUGACACAGUGACAUAAAGGGGACCGUUCAAAAUUUGCACUGUGACUACGUGAACUACAACCGAUGAACUACAGUAUGGGGUUCUUAAAAAAGGAGUGUACAAGUUUCUAAUGAGUCAGCAACGCGCACGUGACACCCCUUGAGUUGCAGGCGUCCAUAGGUUACGGUGACCGCUUUCCAUCAGACGGGCCGUAUACCUGUUUGCCACUGACGUGGUAUAAAAAAAAAUUAGCUAAUUUUAUUAUGGGACCAAUGCUGAAAUCGCAAAAAAAAUUGGCUGUUCCAAUACAUUCCGACUGUUAUGAGUAUGACGCCGCUUAGGCUGAGCGCACACGGAGGCGACAGUUGGACGGCGACAUUUUUUG